CCUGAACACCACCGCGUGUCUCCGCAACAACAAGAGUCCAAACUGCAGGAAGAAAGACGCAUGUCCGCGUGAACGGAGCGCUCGCACACGGCCAGACGGAGAGAGGAGCCGGAGGAGAGGAGGAGAGAGGAGGAGAAGAUGGCUCUCAGGAAAAGUUAUUCUCGAUCCGAGGCGGUCCGAGCUGCGGGAGCUGCCAUGCAGAGUCUGCUCUGAACUUUUCCUGGACUCGCUUGAUGGACUUUCCCAGCGAGCUGGUCGCAGCUCGGUUCUAGCGGACGGGGUGUAGUGUUUUCCCGGAGAGGAAGGAGGCGGCUCUGAAGGAACGGACGGACGUCGAAGAGCAGCAUGGAAGGCUCCGCCCCCACAUCCGCCCACAAGAAGGAGUGUAAAGCUUCGGGUCUGGAUGGAAGCGGCUUCUCAGAGCUCCCCAGAAAACCCUCCCCAACGGCUCUGAGCAGAGGUGUCCACCACCUCUUCCCUACGUUUCACACACCCAUUCCAAUCGACAUGAGGCACCACGAGGGGCGGUACCAUUAUGAGCCACACCCACUCCACACCAUGCACGGGCCGUCAGGACUGACCGGAAGUCCGGUCAUCUCAGAUAUCUCGCUGAUCCGACUGUCGCCCCACGCCGCCGCCGGGACCAGCGAGUCGCCGUUCAGUCCGGCACACCCCUACGUCACCCCUCACAUGGAGCACUACCUCCGCUCGGUUCACGGGAGUCCCACGCUGUCCAUGAUCUCAGCGGCCCGCGGACUGAGUCCAGCUGAAGUGGCCCACGAACACUCCAAGGAUCGCGCCCUGUUCAGUUUCCCGCCUCCGCCGCCGGGGGCCAACCCCUCGGAGUACUACCAGCUGAUGGCCAGCGCCAGCCAGAGGAGCCCCUACGGCGAGCUGCUGAUGCAGAACGGUGCGGCGGCGGCGGCAGCGGCGGCCGUCGCGGCUGCAGCCCAUUUACCAGAUUACAUCAGCCCUGUGGACGUGUCCCGUUUUUCCAGUCCUCGGCUAACGCCCCGACUGAGCAGGAAGAGGGCUCUUUCCAUCUCGCCACUGUCGGACGCUAGCAUCGACCUGCAGACCAUGAUCCGCACCUCGCCCAACUCCCUCGUGGCCUACAUCAACAACUCCCGGUCCAGCUCGGCGGCCAGCAGCUCCUACGGACAUCUUUCAGUCGGAGGAAUCAGUCCCACGUUCAGCCUGCCCCAUCCCAUCAACCCCAUGGCCUACCACCACCUUCUGUCCCACCAGAGAGGCUUCAGCGCCGUCAGUCACACCCCGACUCUGAUUCAGCCAUCGCCAUCCUCGUUUUCGGCCCGUCAGCAUCCCCCCACCGCUUCACCGAUGUCCACCCACAACAGCUCAAACUUGGAGGCCAUACAGAACGCGAGCAGCGAUCCAGCGGUGAGCAGUACCGUCAAUCCGCUGACUACAAAGAAGUCAAAGGUUAAAACCGAAGCAGACGGUCCUCUCCCCAUUUCACCGUCCGCUCAGGACCACGGCGGGAGCAUCUUAGAUCUGAGUGAAGAUCUGGACAAAGAUGAGUGUAAACAGGAGCCUGAGGCCGUUUAUGAGACCAACUGUCAGUGGGAGGGCUGUUCCAAGGAGUACGAGACCCAGGAGCAGCUCGUUCAUCACAUCAACAACGACCACAUCCACGGGGAGAAGAAGGAGUUUGUGUGUCGCUGGGACGACUGCUCCCGCGAGCAGAAGCCCUUCAAAGCCCAGUACAUGCUGGUGGUCCACAUGAGGCGGCACACCGGCGAGAAGCCGCACAAGUGCACGUUUGAAGGUUGCUCCAAAGCUUACUCCCGCCUGGAGAACCUGAAGACCCACCUUAGGUCCCACACCGGAGAGAAGCCCUACGUCUGUGAGCACGAAGGCUGCAACAAGGCCUUCUCCAACGCCUCCGACCGGGCCAAGCACCAGAACCGCACACACUCCAAUGAGAAACCGUAUGUCUGCAAAAUCCCGGGCUGUACGAAGCGCUACACGGACCCGAGUUCUCUCAGGAAGCACGUGAAGACGGUCCACGGCCCCGAAGCUCACAUCACCAAGAAGCAACGGAGCGACGCCCCGCAGAGGCCUAAAGGACACGGAGAUAUGGAAGCAAACGCCAAACACGGUUCCAGAGGCCUGGACGGCAAGAUGGAAGCGAACAGCACAUCCAGAGGUCUGGAGGAGCGCAUCCAGGUGAAGUCCAUCAAGACGGAGAGCUCUGCGGUGUAUCAGUCCAGUCCUGGCGGCCACUCGUCCUGCGGCAGCGAGCCGUCGCCUCUCGGCAGCGCCAGCAACAACGACAGUGGGGUAGAGAUGGCCGUGCACAGCGGGGGCAGCUUCGGGGACCUGGGCCCCCAGGACGAGUGCCCCCUGGUGGACUCCACUGUCCCCGGCGGGGGCCAGCAGGCCGGGAUGGGGCUUCAGUUGAGGAAGGCUGCGGGUCAUGGCGGCGGGGUCACCAUCAAGUUGGAGAACAUCAAGAAAGAGAGGCUGAAGACAGUGAGGGACUCCUGUCCCUGGGGGAGCACUGCACCCCAACCACCAGCGGGGCAGCGCAACAGCAUGAAGCUGCCUCCCAUUCCUGCAGGAGGUUCCCUGCUGGAGAGCUCCAACAUGUCCAAUAACUUGAGCAGUUUGUACUAUGGCCAGCCCACCACUGACCUGUCUUCAUGUGAGGUAACCCUGCUGAACCAGCUGAACGAGCGGCGGGACAGCACCACCAGCACCAUGAGCUCAGCCUACACCAUGAGCCGCCGCUCUUCCGGCAUAUCGCCCUGCUACUCCAGCCGGCGCUCCAGUGAGGCAUCCCAGUUUGGUGCCAACCGCCAUAACAACAUCAGCUCGGCUGACUCCUACGACCCAAUCUCCACUGACCUUUCCCGCCGCUCCAGCGAGGCCAGUCAUUGUGGAGGCAGCGGUGGUGUCACUGGAGGGGGCAAAGGAGGCCUUCCAAGUAUUCUCAGUCUCACGCCGGCCCAGCAUUAUCGGCUGAAAGCAAAAUACGCUGCCGCUAUUGGUGGAGCUCCACCCACUCCUCUACCCAACAUGGAUCGCAUGAGCCUGAGGACCCGCAUGGCUGUCUACAGCGACUCCCAGGACGGGUCACACCCAGUCCACCAGCUGCCUCCUGGAAGCGUGCCCAGGCGACGCAGUGAUUUUGGCUACAGUACUCAGAGCAUGAUGCCCUACGAAGCACCCACCGACCUCCACCGCCGGGCCAGCGACCCGGUCCGUCGCCCCGCUCUGGACCCCUUCUCUUUCCCAAGGGUUCAGCGCUAUAACAGCAUGAACAGCAUGAACCCCUCAAACGGUUUGUUAGCCGCUGAGCGUCAUCUGAGCUACACCCGCUCCGACGGAAGCCUCCAACGUUACCCGUUCGCCCCCAGACCACCUAGUAUCUCAGAGAACAUAGUCAUGGAGAACAUGGCGGUGGACGGAAUGAUGGCUGGGGGAGACCAGGGUGGAGAAGAGGACAUGGUGCUCCCAGAUGACGUGGUUCAGUACAUCACGUCACAGAAUUCUGGCCCAUCAAGUCAAAACAUGGUCGAUUACAGUCCUCAUCUAACUCAGGGUUACCAAGCAGGAAUGGUCCCACCACAGUCCUUUUACUCACAUCGGAGAAUGGCCAUGGUGGACACCACAUUGACUCGGUCUGAUCCGGAUCUUCAGUCCUGUCAGAUAGGUCCUGCCGGCUCCCAACAGCCUUUCUCAACCCAAUCAGACAGUCUGAACAAGAAUAGCAUGCCGGUACAGUGGAAUGAGGUGAGCUCAGGGACGAUGGACGCCCAGACCAAGCUCCCCAAACAACACCAACUUCCUCUCAGGAGUAAUCUGGCGGUUGUGCAGCAAAGGCAAAACUUUGGGUCCCUUCAGGUGCCAAAUCAGGGCCUGAGCAGCAACCAGCAGGUAGUGCCCAUGAGUCUGAACAUGCCCAUCCAGGGACUGGCUAACCACAGGGGUCAGAGGGCGACGAACAUUGGCGUCCAACAGCAUCAGAGGCAGUGCAACCAGCAAAUAAGUCACCAACAAGGGUUCAGCCAUGACCCGGGCCUACAUCCUGUCCCUGAGGGCAACGGGCUGCGCCCUACCCACACCGGCAUGGCAGAUCCAGAGCUCCAGAGUUACCUAGCGAGGACGCAGGCUGGUGGGUAUCCCCAUGUGAACCAGGUUGAUCAGCAGCCGGAUUACAACAUCCCGUCCCAGCAAAAUGGAGUUCGGGGAAUACUGCAACCCAGGCCGCCCGCUGAGCCCAAGUCUGGCACCAGACAGCUCAAACUGUCCGAUUGUGUCCCCAGACACAUCGACACCUCCGAGGCAAGCCCAAAGAGACCGAGUAAGUCGGAGAACAAGAACUCUGCUGUGUUCUACACGGGUCAGAUCCGCAUGUUCGAGCCGUCCGCCGCCAGCUUCGAUGACUCCAUGUCUCCGCCUGUGAGCGACGCUGCUGCGGCCAACAUGGCCUCUCCAGGAGUCAACCAGGUCUCCAGCAGUACCAACGACUCUUCCACCAACGGGUCCGGGGCCACGGAGCCCGCCCAGAUCGAUUUUGACGCCAUGCUGGACGACGGAGACCACUCCAGCCUCAUGUCGGGGACCUUAAGUCCCGGCCUUCUGCAGAGCCUCUCCCAGAGUUCCUCACGUCUCACGACCCCCCGCAACUCCGUCACCCUCGCCUCCAUGCCAGCGGGGAUCGGCAACAUGGCCAUUGGCGACAUGAACUCAAUGCUCACCGCCCUGGCUGAAGAAAGCAAGUUCCUCAACAUGAUCAGCUGAGAGCGCUCACCUCGUCACCCAUCCAGAUAUUAUCUGUCAGCAGAGCCGUUUCCGACCAUCCACACAAUAGACACGCAUAGAACCAUGCAGCCACCAGGGGGCCCGAAAUAUCAAGAAACCUCAAUGUCUAGACUGAGUGGGGGAAAUAAAAUGAGCUGUCCUUAUUUAGCCACAUAAAUACGAACAUUGAAGAACUGAAGUUACAUCGCAAAUAUCCCCAAUCUGGGUUUCUAAAAUGAAGCUUUUUCAUUUUGUGAGACAGAAUUUCCUCUUUUUUUUUUAUUACAAAUUCUUUAAAUCGGAAUUUCUAAAAUUUUCUUGC